GGCUGCGUCGGCCGCGUGCAGGACGCCCACCAGCAGACCCAGGCCCUCUGUGAGGAGAUCCGCGGGCGGCUGGGAGAGCUGGACGGUGCCCUGGAGAGCGGGCAGCGGGUCCUGGAGAUGGUGACAGGGGAGGAGGCCCAGCUGACGCAGGAGAAGAUGGAAUCGCUGAGGAUGAGGUACCUCAUCGUGGGCCAGAGCAGUGCUGACACCGCACACCGGCUGGGGCAGACCCUGGAGGCCUCGUCUCGCCUGGGCACGGCCCCUGAGGACCUGGCACUGUGGCUGAGCCGCAUGGAGAAGGAGCUGGGCGAGCAGGAGGGCCAGCAGGAUGGCCAGGAGCCCUCAGUCACUGCCAGUGACAAGGAGAAGUUUGAGCAGGUCCUGGAGUCCCAGCUCAGCCGUGUGGCUGGGCUGGGCGAGCGACUGGAGGAGAUCGGCCGCGUGCAGCUGGAUGCUGAGGCUCUGCGCUCGCAGCUCUCCGAGCAGAAGCUGCUCUCCGCCGAGAUCCUGCACUGCCGGGGCCUGGUUGAGCGUCUGCUGGGCUUCUCGGAGCCGCUGCUGCGCUGCUGCCCCGAGCCCCUGCGGCAGCGCCUUCAGCCGUCCGUGCAGGCGCUGCGGGAGCGCACGGAGCAGCUCUCCCUGCGCAGCGGCGCCUGUGCCGUGCAGCUGGAGCACGCCCAGUCCCUGCUCGCACAGUUCUCCGAGGCCCUCGAGGAGCUGCUGCCCUGGCUGGAGGAGACGCAGGCUCUGGGCGUGCAGCUCUCCCCCAACGCCAUCAGCUACGAGGCCUUCAAGGAGCAGCAGGCGCUGCUGCAGGUGCGGGCAGGGCAGGGGCAAAAGGGACAAAAGGGACUCGCUCGGCCGCCCCCAGGCUGGGAGAGGUGACGGGACGGGGGAGGCAUCGCCGUGGGCACCAUGGGGCUGGAGCGAACAGGAGUCCUGUGGGGGCAGCACCCAGCACACGUCCCUGUGGGGCACAGCCCGAGGGGCACAGCCCGUGGGGCACAUCCCGUGGGGCACAUCCCGUGGGGCACAUCCCUGUGGGGCACAUCCCGUGGGGCACAUCCCGUGGGGCACAGCCCUGCAGGGCACAUCCCGUGGGGCACAGCCCGUGGGGCACAUCCCAUGGGGCACAUCCCAUGGGGCUCAUCCCUGUGGG